AUGAGUGGCUGGCUCCUGCUCCUCGCCCUGCUGCACAUGCUACUGGCCCCCCCGCCUGCCGCAGCGCAGAAGAGGAGCCAAGCGGUGUGCCGGGACGUGCUGCAGGCCGACAUCGCCUUCCUGGUGGACGGCUCCUCCAGCAUUGGCAGGAACAACUUCCGUGCCAUCCGCACCUUCAUGGAGGAGCUGGUGGGGCCCUUUGUGCAGGCAGUGGGCGAGAAGGCCGUGCGCUUCGCCGUGGCACAGUACAGCGACGAGCCUCGGCUGGAGUUCACCUUCUCCCAGCACACUGAUGGCACCAGCGUCCGAAGGGCCAUCCAGCAGCUGACCUACAAGGGUGGUAACACACGGACCGGUGCCGGCUUCCGCUACGUCGCUGACAACUUCUUCGGCCCCACGCAGCUCCGGCCUGGGGUCCCCCAAAUCUGCAUCCUCAUCACAGAUGGCAAGUCCCAGGAUGAUGCAGAGGGGCCGGCAGCGAAGCUGAAGAGCCAGGGCAUCAAGAUCUUUGCUGUCGGAGUCAAGAAUGCCGACCGCAAGGAGCUGAUACAAGUGGCCUCGAUGCCCACUGAUGCCUUCUUCUCCUACGUUGGUGACUUCAAGCUGCUGGGGACGCUGGUGCCACUGAUGACACGCAGGGUGUGCACGAGUGUCGGGGGCACUUUGCACCUGCCGGACGGGCCGAGCCACAGUGGCCCCUCCAACCUGGAGAUCCUGGAGAGGGGCCUGGACCAGCUGCAGAUCCGCUGGACAGCAGCCAGCGGCCCCGUCACCAGCUACCACGUGCAGUGGGUGCCGCUGACGGGGCUGGGGCAGCCGGUUGCGGCGGAGAGGCAGGAGGUGAGCCUGGGCCCGCGGGAGACCAGCGCUGUGCUGCGGGGGCUGCGCAUGGGGACAGAGUACCUGGUCACUGUCACCGCUCAGUACGCCAACAGCGGCGGGGAGUCGGUGUCCGGCCGAGCGCGCACUCGGCGCCUGAUGGGCGUGCAGCACUUGACUGUCCACAACGUCUCAGCACAGAGCAUGCUGCUGGCCUGGCAGCCUGUCGGCGGUGCCACUGGCUACCGGCUCUCCUGGGCAACUCUCACAGGGCAGGACAGGCACAGGAUGGACCUGGAUGCCGGGCGGACGUCGCACGUGCUGGUGGGGCUGCAGCCCAACACCGACUACAUGGCGACAGUGACCCCGCUCUUCGGGCAGCUGGAGGGGCCCACGGCCACCAUACGACAGAGGACAGGAGCAGGUGCAGAGCAGACGCUGCGGACCAACAUUCUGGGCCCCACGUCCAUCCAGGUGCUCUGGACCAGCGCCCGUGAUGCCCGUGGCUACCGCCUGGAGUGGAAGAGAGCCACAGGUCCCGAGCCCCCCAGGACGGUGUCACUGCCCAGCAGCACCAACACCUACCAGCUGACGGGGCUGCAGCCGGGCACCGAGUACCGCAUCACCCUCUACACGCUCUACGAUGGUGGGGAGGUGGCCACCCCCGUCACCACCUUCCAGACAGGUGUGGAGGCUCCUGUGGGCACUGUGUCAGACCUGCAGCUGGUUGAGGAGUCGGGCAGGCGUGUACAGCUGGGCUGGACCGGCGUCCCUGGUGCCACUGAGUACAAAGUGGUGGUGCGCAACAACCAGGAUGGCACAGAGAGGACGAGGCGUGUGGCUGGCAGCGAAACGAGGCUGGAGCUGAGCGACCUCCGGGAAGGCAUCACCUACCUGGUGCGUGUCUCGGCGCUCGUGGGCACACGGGAGGGCAGCGCUGCCACAAUCACCGUCCGCCUCAAGUACCCGUUGGUGGGCAGCGUCUCAGAGCUGCGGGUGACGGAGGCCAGUCCCAGCCAGCUGCGGGUCACCUGGCAAGGGCUGCCAGGCGCCGGGGGCUACCGGCUGACGUGGCGCGGCAGCGACGGUCUGGAGCAAUCUCGUUUCCUCCCCGCUGACCCCACCACCUUCACCAUCGAGGGGCUGCGUGCCGGCAUCAUCUAUACGGUUGGUGUCUCGGCUGUCGUGGAUGGCCGCGAGGGCAGCCCUGUCACCGCCACGGGACGGAUAGCACCCAAGCAGGUGGGGACGGUGUCCCGGCUGGAGGUACAGGCGUCCAGGAGCAACGUCGCCCGCGUCACCUGGGUUGGCGUGCCGGGAGCCACCGCCUACCGCGUGGUGUGGAGCCGCAGGGAUGGGGGGUCGGAGAGCAGCCAGCAGGUUCCUGGCCAUGUUAGCUCCUUCAACAUCCCUGACCUGGAGGGAGGUGUCUCCUACACUGUGAAGGUGACGGCGCUCAUCGGCAACCGGGAGGGCAACCCCGUCUCCAUUGUCGUCACCACCCCGGAGGCAGCCCCGCUGCCCCCCGUCAGCAACUUCCAGGUGACGGAGGCCUCGGAGCACCGCCUGCGCCUGGCCUGGGUCCCGGCAGCCGGCAGUGCCGAGUACCGCCUGGUCUGGCGCCUUGCUGAGGGGGGACCCCAGCGCAGCCAGCAGCUCCCGGCCACCGCCAGCUCCUAUGACUUGGGGGGGCUGGAGCCAGGCCGACGCUACCACAUCAGCAUCACCAGCCUGGCCAGCGGCAGGGAGAGCGCACCAGCCACUGUCACUGCCAUCACUGCAGCUACCCCAGGCCACAUAACCAGCCUGCAGGUGACGGAGGUGCGGAGAGACUCGGUGACACUCUCCUGGGCUCCUGUGCCUGGUGCCUCUGGCUACAUCCUCUCCUGGAGCCCCCCCGCAGCCGGUGGCGAGGCGAGGCGGACCCUGCCUGGCACUGCCAGCUCCCAGCAGGUACCCGGGCUGCGCCUGGGCCAGCGCUACACCUUCACCCUCCGCCCUCUCCUGGGGAGCGCGCCGGGCGCAGAGACCUCCGUCAGCGAGCGCACGGUCUGCAGGGGUGCCCGCGGUGACAUCGUCUUCCUGGUACAUGGCACCCGUGACAGCUCUUCAGGUGCCGACACAGUCCGCGCCCUCCUCUCCAACACCGUGUCUGCCCUGGGGCGUCUGGGCCCUGAGGGCACCCAGGUGGCUCUGGCCACGUACAGCUACCGCAGCCUGCCCUGGCUGCUCCUGAACCGCUCCAGCGAGCUGCCCGCCGUGCUGGAGCAGAUCCGCACCAUGCGCUACGAGGAGCCCAGCGGCAAUGCCAUCGGAGCAGCCAUCACCUUCGCCAGGACGUACCUGCUGAGCCCCGGUGCGGGCCGUCGGCCCGGAGUGCCGGCAGUGCUGGUGGUCCUGGCCGACGGCCCCUCUGCGGACGAUGCCAUUGCUGCGGCCAGGGACGUCAAGGCUGGGGGGGUCCGGGUGCUGGCGGUGGGCUUGGAGGGGGCGGACCAGGAGCAGCUCCGGCGCAUGGUCACUGGUGAGGAUCCACGGUACAUCUACCGCGGUGGCACCGUGUCAGAGCUGGAGGAGGAGCUCACUGACGACCUCUGCACCAUCAUCUCUACCAGGACAGAGCCAAAGCCCUGCACUGUGCAGUGCCCCAGGGGUGAGAAGGGAGACCGUGGCGAGGCAGGACCUCAAGGACGUGUAGGGCCACCAGGCCCUCCUGGCGAGCCGGGCCGCCACGGGCUGCCUGGCCCUCCAGGACCCCAAGGGCCGCGGGGUCUGCCGGGAGAGAGGAUCGAGCAGCCAGGCAAGAAGGGGGACAGAGGGCUGCGAGGGCCGAUGGGGCUCUCUGGCCCGAAGGGGGAGAAGGGCGAGCCGGGAGAGCCCAGGGUGAUUGUGGAUGGAGAACAGGGCCUGCCAGGCCGGAAAGGGGAGCCAGGCACACCGGGGGAGAAAGGUGACCGUGGGGAGAGAGGCCCCCCUGGGAUCGUGGAUGGGGUAGCACCUCGAGGGGAGCCUGGCCCACCGGGGCUGCCUGGAGACCCCGGGCCCCGGGGACCUGCUGGGAACCCCGGCCUGAAGGGAGAGAAGGGUGAUGGCAAAGAAGGUUUCCCAGGGCCCCCCGGCCGCCCCGGGGACCCCGGAGACAGGGGCCCUCGGGGACCGCCGGGGGAGCAGGGCAGGAAGGGAGACCGCGGGGCACCGGGCGAGCUGGGAGAGGCGGGCGAGAAGGGGGACCGUGGUGUGCCAGGCCCCGAGGGCGAGAAGGGCGAGGUGGGAGCCCCUGGGCGCCCAGGCCCCUCAGGCAGAGAGGGAGCUCCGGGACCAGCUGGCCCCCGGGGUGAGAAGGGGGAUCCAGGACCACCCGGCAAGCCGGCUCCCAGUGUGGACAGUGUUGGAGAAAAGGGUGACAGAGGCUUCCCAGGACCAGAAGGACCUCCUGGCCCCAAAGGGGACACAGGGGAUAAAGGUGCCCGUGGUCCCCCUGGCUUGAGCAUCCCAGGGCCACCUGGCCCCAAAGGCGAGCAGGGUGAUCGGGGUAUCGUUGGCCUCACGGGCAGGAGUGGCCCAAAGGGUGAUCCAGGGGAGCCGGGGGAGAAGGGUGAGCCGGGCCGAGCGGGGGUCCCAGGGCAGACCGGGCUGCGUGGCAAAGAGGGAGAGCGUGGAGAGAAGGGUGACGAAGGCGCCCCGGGUGAAACGGGUCUGCCUGGCAAACCUGGAGACAGGGGCCCGCGGGGCCUCCCCGGCUACCGCGGCCCCCCUGGCGAGAAGGGCGACUCGGGAGACCCAGGCCCCGAAGGCAGGAGCGGCAGCCCCGGAGUGCCAGGGAGCAAAGGGGAUCGUGGGGAGCCGGGGCUUCCUGGACCCCCAGGACGAUCUGUUGACAUGGCACUCGGGGGAGUGGCAGAGAAGGGUGAGAAGGGGGACCCCGGUGAUCCUGGCGAGGACGGCGCGAAGGGCUCCCGGGGCGAUGCUGGCCCCCCCGGCCUGCCUGGAGAGAGGGGCGUGGAGGGUCCCCGCGGCCCCCCCGGCACACGGGGUGACCCCGGGGACAGAGGGCUGCCAGGAGAGAAGGGGGACCGUGGCCCACCGGGGCUGGAUGGCCGCAACGGGCUGGAAGGCAAACCUGGGCCCCCAGGCCCCGCAGGGCUGAGGGGGGACCCAGGGAAGCAGGGAGAGCCCGGCCGGGAUGGGCUGCCUGGGCUACGUGGGGAGCAGGGACCCCCUGGCGCCGUGGGACCCCUGGGACCACCCGGUGCCCCUGGCAAACCAGGUGACGAUGGCAAACCUGGCCUCAGUGGCAAGAAUGGAGAAGAUGGGACACCGGGAGAGGAUGGCAGGAAGGGAGACAAAGGUGACGUGGGGCCUCCUGGCAGGGAGGGCCGCAGCGGUGCCAAGGGUGAGCAAGGGGACAGGGGUGUGCCAGGCCCCCUCGGCCCCCCUGGCCUCCCCGGUGUCCCAGGGCAGGUUGGCCCCCCAGGCCAGGGGAGACCUGGCAGCCCUGGAGCACGUGGAGACCCCGGGACUGCAGUGAACGUUGAACGUAGCCUGGAAGCACUUGGCAUCAAGGUUUCAUCCCUGAAGGAGCUCACAGGUGCCUAUGACGGGAGCUCGGACUCGUUUCUGCCACUGGCGGAGCGGCUGCGGGGACAGAAGGGCAGCCGGGGCGAGCCAGGCGAGAGGGGGCCUCCGGGCCACGAGGGUUCCAUAGGCUUCCCCGGCGAGCGAGGACCCAAAGGUGACAAAGGGGAGGCGGGUGCCCCCGGCCCCCAGGGCCCCACGGGCCGUGCCGUGGGUGAACGGGGCCCCGAGGGGCCGCCCGGGCAGCCGGGGGAGCCGGGCAAGCCUGGCAUCCCCGGGGUGCCGGGCCGCGCCGGGGAGCUGGGGGAGGCCGGCCGGCCCGGGGAGAAGGGCGACCGGGGCGACAAGGGCGAGCGGGGCGAGCAGGGCAGGGACGGCUUGCCCGGCCCCCCAGGGCCCCCAGGGCCCAAGGUAGGUGACGGGGAACCAUCCCCAAAGGGCAGUGUCAUGGGCUUCCCGGGCGAGCGUGGCCCCACCGGACCCAAGGGAACCAAGGGUGAGCCAGGAGCUGAGGGCGAGCGAGGACCCAAAGGAGAUAAGGGUGAGGGUGGCCCACGGGGUGAGCGAGGAGAGCCCGGCGAGAAGGGCAGGGAUGGUGCCCCGGGCCUCCCGGGUGAGAGAGGGCUGGCUGGCCCCGAAGGGAAGCCGGGCCUGCAGGGUGUUAGGGGACCUCCCGGUUCCUCCCUUAAAUACCUUGAGAACGGGGAGCAUCCCUGGGGGGCACCCCUGGGGGCAGGCAGGGCUGCUUGGGGGGCCUACCAGGCUUCCCUGGUGUGCUGGGACGUCCGGGCAGCACUGGCCCACCGGGGACCCAGGGCCCAGCUGGAGCUAAGGUAUGGCAUUGGCAUCACCACCUCCCGCCUGGCAGAGGAAAGCAAUGCCUUGCCAGAUUUGGAGGCUGGAGGGAGGGCUGGUGAUCCAGGGGAGCCUGGCUCUGGCAUCCGGGGCUUGCCUGGUCCCCAGGGCAGUGUAGGGCUGCCUGGCCCCUCUGGCCCCCCCGGCCCAGGGGGCCCACCGGGUGUCCCGGGGCUGCCAGGACAAGUGGGGGAGAGUGGGAAGCCGGGUGUGCCGGGCAGGGAUGGGGUACCGGGGAAAGACGGCGAGGCGGGGAUGCCCGGCAAGAUGGGUAUGCCGGGACCAUCGGGCCCCACUGGCCCCAAGGGAGAGCCAGGGGAUGCCGGAGCCCCGGGGCAGGCUGUCGUUGGCCCUCCCGGUGCCAAGGGUGAGAAGGGCGAGCCGGCGCUGCUGGAGGGAGUGCUGCUGGCACAGCCUGGCUCCAAGGGCAACCGAGGCUUACCUGGCCCCAAGGGCGAGAAGGGGGAGCCAGGAGGAUUCGGGGAGCCAGGGGAUCCUGGGGAAGAUGGAGCUAAGGGAUCCUCUGGAGCCAAAGGGGAGAAGGGAGCACCAGGUGUUGGUGUGCGGGGACCUCCAGGACAGGAUGGGCCUCCAGGCUUGAAGGGUGACAUCGGCUUGCCAGGACCACCAGGCCCCCCAGGCUUAGGAGGCAUCGCUGGGACACCAGGACAGCCAGGCCUGAGAGGGGACAACGGGCAGCCUGGCCCACCGGGUGCCCCAGGAGAGAGGGGUUUGAUCGGCUUUCCUGGGAGAGAUGGUACCCCUGGACCACCAGGACCCGUGGGACCCCCAGGGCCAGCUGGUAUACAAGGGGCCUCUGGCCUGAAGGGUGACAAGGGCGCCCCAGGGGCUGGACUGCCAGGAGCCAGAGGGGAGCGCGGAGACCCAGGGCCACGGGGUGAAGAUGGGCGCCCAGGGCUGGAAGGUGAUCGUGGGCCUGCGGGCUUGCCUGGGAACCGAGGGGAGCGUGGGGACAAGGGAGACAUUGGGGCCCCGGGGCCUAAAGGAGACAAGGGGGACACCAUGGUGUUGGAGGGGCCUGCUGGAGCACAGGGCAGCAAGGGGGAGCCGGGAGAGCGUGGCCUCAAGGGCAUGGAAGGGGACAAGGGCAACAAGGGGGAGCAAGGCAUGCCUGGAGAGAAGGGAGCAAGGGGCGAGCAAGGCGAGAAGGGCUCCACGGGCUUCCCUGGGGCACGCGGCCCCGGCGGGCAGAAGGGAGAGGUUGGAGCAUCAGGAGAGCCCGGCGAGCCGGGCCAGCCCGGCCGCCACGGCCUCCCGGGAGCCCGCGGGGAGAAGGGGGACACGGGACCCCUGGGCAUGCGCGGCCCCAAGGGGGACCGGGGCAUGAAAGGCGCCUGCGGCCUCGAUGGGGACAAGGGCGAGAAGGGAGAGCCAGGGAUCCCGGGGCGCUCAGGGCUGCCGGGGAGGAAAGGCGAGCCGGGAGAGCUGGGUCUGUCGGGACCACCGGGCAUCCCUGGGAAGGAGGGGCUCAUGGGACCCAAGGGUGACCGGGGAUUCGACGGGCAGCAGGGAGCCAAAGGAGACCAGGGGGAGAAAGGAGAUCGGGGUGCUCCGGGCAUCAUCGGUGCUCCCGGUCCCCGGGGCAGUGACGGUGCCCCUGGCCCCCCCGGACCCCCAGGGAAUGUUGGCCCACGAGGUCCUGAGGGCAUGCAGGGCCAGAAGGGGGAGAGAGGACCUCCUGGACAGUCAGUGCCAGGGGACCGUGGUGUGCCUGGCAUCCCUGGCGAGAGAGGACAGCAGGGCAGUCCUGGCACCCAGGGGCUCCGUGGCGAGAAGGGGGAGCCGGCCAUGACGGAGGAGGAGAUCCGCGCCUUUGUCAGGCAGGAGAUGAACCAGCACUGUGCCUGUGGUGGCCAUCUCCCGCAGCGCCUGGACUCACGAGGCUGGGGGGCUCUGGCCAGGAGCGGCAUCCACUCUGCCCAGGGAGGAGGAAGAAGUGUCCGUCAGGAGAGAGAGCAUGGACAAACAGGGCAGGACAGACGAGUCAUACUCGACACUGAGGACCUCGAGUAUGAAAAUGUGUAUGAGGAAGAGGAGGAAGACUAUGAUGAGGUCCUGGAGAUGGAGAGCUCAGAGCAACCUGUGAUGGAUGCCGAGCCAUGCCGGCAGCCGCUGGACGAGGGGCACUGCCAGCGCUACACGCUGCGCUGGUACUACAACCAAAGAGCGGCCGAGUGCCGGCCCUUCGUCUACAGCGGCUGCCGGGGCAGCCUCAACCGCUUCGGCAGCAAGGAGGAGUGCGAGCAGCGCUGCGGGCCGCGCCUGGGGGCAGGUGCCCGCGGGGAUGCCAGCAGCACGGCGGGCCAGCAGCCCGGGGCGUAG